AUGUCUUCGACGCCAUUAUUUGGCGUUCUGGGGGAAUUUGAUCCGUCUACCGAGUUGUUUGCUGCAUAUUCGGAGAGAUUAGAGCAAUAUUUUAUCGCUAAUUCUAUCGGGCAAUGUCCUGCUGAUGCUACACAAGAAGUACUUGCGGCUGCAGACAAGAAAAAAGUCGCGGUAUUUAUUUCAGUUAUUGGAAAGAAAUCUUACGCAACCCUUCGUGAUUUGUGCAGUCCUGAUUCACCGAAAGAUAAAAGUUUUUCUGAGCUUUGUGAAAUGUUACGUACUCAUUACAAACCGAAACGUUUGGUUGUAGCUGAAACUUAUAGAUUUCAUCGGUGUAUUCAAGAAGAAAAUGUUUCUGAUUACAGUGCACGUUUGCGACAUUAUGCUUCCACUUGUGACUUUGGUCAGUUCUUAAACCGUUCUCUGCGUGAUCAAUUUAUAUGCGGAAUUCGUAAUUCAGCUACUCGGAAAAAGUUACUGAAUGAAGACCGUACUUUUCAAGAUGUGUUAAAAGUGGCCAUAGCUGAUGAAGUUGCUAGUAAGGAGACUUUAGCAUUUCAAAACAAUACGAAAUCAGUGAACGAAUCUGUGCAUACUGUGGGUAGAAAUCAAAUUCCUGAUAAGUUUUCAAAUAGCAGGAAUACAUCAAAUUCCAAUAACCUAAGACCACCAUUGCCUACCGCCCAGAAAUUUUCAUAUGCCUGUUAUUCCUGUGGAGGUACUGAACAUUCUCGGGCCCAGUGUAGAUUUAGAAAUGUUGUAUGCAGCCGAUGUAAGCGGACUGGUCACAUUGCUCGUGUUUGUAAGAGAAGUAACAUGCAAAAUAACUUUGUCGAACAGAAACUGAGUUCAGAUGAUGUGUUUCUUGAGGAAGAAUUAUUUACGGUUUUUGAUGUUAACUCCCUAUACAAAUCAGAAAUUUUCGUACCCUUGAAAAUUGAGAAUCAAGAGUGUUCCUUACAAUUAGAUACUGGUUGUGCAUUGUCCCUGGCCCCCCAAACCUUCUAUGAGCAAUUUUGUUCCCAUAUCCUUUUAAAACCUACCGCAGUGAGAUUAUCUACCUAUACCGGUGAAAAGACUCAAUCUUUGGGACAAAUCAAUGUUAAUGUUACUUAUGCUGGAACUCAGCACUCUCUUCCAUUACUGGUAGUACCACAGGGCUCUGGUGUCUUAUUUGGAAGAAACUGGCUAAGGUGUAUAAAGCUAGAUUGGAACAAUUUGCCUGGAAUUGAGUUACCGUCAUUUACUACCACAGCUACAUGCUCCAAGAUUUCUGAAAAUAAGAAUACAUUGGACUCACUCAUAUGAUGAACUGUUUCAACCUCAACUUGGGUGUUACACUGGUGAUGCUGUAGUUCUCAAUGAAAGUAAGGGAGCUAAAUUCCAUAAAGCACGUCCAGUUCCGUAUGCAAUACAGACAAGAGUUGAAAGUGCUCUACUAAAAAUGGAAAAAGAUGGUGUCAUUGAGAGGAUUUCUUCUGCUGUUAGUGCUGCCCCUAUUGUUACGGUGGGCAAAAAGGACGGUGAUGAAGUUCGAGUUUGUGGUGAUUUCAGUGUUAUUUAUAAUGCAUGUGCUGAAGUUGAGACUUAUCCAAUGCCUAAAAUAGAAGAUAUGCAUUCUGCAUUGAGGGGCUGUCAAGUAUUCAGUGUAUUAGACCUGAAGCAAGCUUAUCAUCAAAUUCCCAUUUCAACUGAGUCUCAGAAGUAUCUUACUAUCAACACCCAUCUGGGUCUCUUUGCUUUUAAAAGAUUGCCUAACGGGAUUCAUUCAGGUCCUGCUAUAUUUCAGAGAAUUAUGGAUGGAUUAUUAGCAGAUAUUCCGAAAGCUGUUAGCAGAUUGGAUGACAUUCUUAUUGCUGGAACUGAUUAUGACGAUCAUCUGAAUAAUUUGUCCCAAGUGCUAGAAAGAUUGCUUAAGUUUGGUCUCAAGUUAAACAAAUCUAAGUGCAAAUUUCUCCAGUCUUCUGUGGUGUACCUAGGUCAUCUAAUCGAUAGUGCUGGCCUCCAUCCAACUGAAGACAAACUGGCAGCUGUGCGUGAUGCCCCCCCCCCCCCUCCAAAGGAUGCUACGGCUCUUAAGUCUUUCCUAGGACUUAUGAUGUUUUACUCACGAUUUAUGCCACACCAUUCCACUGUAUUAGCACCGCUGAUUAUAAUCUGCUUAAGAAGAAUGUACCUUGGAAGUGGACUAAAUCAGAAGACGCAGCUUUCAAAGCAGCUAAAAAUCUUUUACUAAAUUCGAGAACACUAGUACAUUAUAAUGAAUCAUUGCCUCUUGUUCUAUCAUGCGAUGCUUCUUCUUAUGGUGCAGGAGCGGCAUUGUCACAUGUCAUUAAUGGGGAACACCAACCGAUAGCAUUUGCAUCAUGUACAUUAACUGAGGCCCAACGAAAUUAUUCACAGCUUGAGAAGGAAGCUUUCAGUAUAAUAUUUGGACUUAAACGAUUUCAUCAAUAUCUCUGUGGUAAUUCAUUUACUAUCCUAACUGAUCAUCGCCCACUCCUUACAUUGUUGGGACCACAUUGUUCGGUUCCAGCACACACGGCUUCACGACUACAAAGAUGGGCACUUAUCCUAGCCUCAUACCAUUACAAGAUUGAAUACCGAAGUACAACUGCACAUGCUGACGCUGAUAGCAUGUCCCGUCUACCUUUACCACAAACUUGGUGCCCUAAAGUGAAAAUGUAGAAUGUUAUUUCUUUGAAGCUGGUGUUGUUACUAAUGUAACUGCUGAAAUGAUUAAGAAAAAGACACAAGUGGAUCCUGUUCUUUCUUUAGUAUAUAGAUACAUACAAAGUGGUUGGCCCUCAGUAGUUGAUGCUGAUAUGAUUCCGUACAAAAACAGAAGUGAUCAACUAACUAUUCAUCAAGGAUGCAUCCUUUGGGGGGCUCGGGUUGUUGUUCCUCCAUCUCUUCGAAGUGAAAUGCUAACCGAAUUACAUGACACCCAUCUGGGCAUGACAAGAAUGAAAGGGCUUGCGAGGUCUUAUGUCUGGUGGCCAAAGAUUGAUUCUGACAUUGAACAGACUGUGUCCACUUGCCCUGUUUGCCAGAAAAUGCGAUCAGAGCCAGCAAAAGCGCCAGUACAUCUCUGGACUUUUCCAUCACAGCCUUGGUCUCGCAUUCAUAUCGACUUUGCUGGGCCUAUUGCUGGGAAAAUGUAUCUGGUGGUAGUUGACGCUUACAGUAAGUUUCCGGAAGUUGUUAAAAUGACUACUACAACAGCUACGACUACUAUAAAUGCACUGCGAGAUAUCUUUAGCCGCCAUGGUCUUCCGGAAAUAUUAGUUUCCGAUAACGGACCGCAAUUCAUUGCUGGCGAGUUUCAACAGUUCUGCCGUAACAACGGAAUUAUGCAUCGAACUUCUGCAGCCUACAAACCUUCAACGAACGGUCAAGCUGAACGAGUUGUUCAAAUUUUGAAAUCGGCGAUUGAGCAAGCUCGAAUUACUAAACAGGAUGUGAACGUGGUUAUUGCUAAGAGCUUACUAGUGUAUCGUAAUGCACCACAUUCUACAACGGGUGCGGCACCUUCAGUUUUACUUAUGGGCAGACGUCUGCGAACCCGACUUGAUCUAGUCUUUCCUUCCGUUCAGGAACAUGUGAAGCAAAAGCAAUAUAAAGUCCUUGAACGUUCUGCGAAUUUAAACGUGCGAUCCUUUGUUGAAGGGGAAAAUGUCUUAGCACGUAAUUAUCAAGGGAAAGAGAAAUGGAUUCCUGGAGUGGUCACUAAAGUUCUUGGUUCAAGGCAUUACAUGGUUAGAGUACCUGGAUAUCUGUGGAAACGACAUGUAGAUCAGUUAGUCAAAUACAAUCCGCAGAUUGAACCAGAAAAUGAUUGGGAUGAAGUUGAGAUCUCUCCGGAAAAGUGGGACACCGGAAGCAGAACAAUUAUCUGAAAAUUCGAACAGAUAUGGAAACACCUCGGGUACUAGUAGCAACGAUUCUGUAGAAAAGAACGAUAAUCAAAACUCUGUUACUGAUAAUUCAAGUGCGAAUAACACAGGUUCCGCUGAAAGACGUUAUCCGUUAAGAGCUAAUCGAGGAAGAACAGAUCAUUAACUUUAAAGAACUUUUACGUUAUUAUCGUUGACAAUUAUAGUUAAUUUAAUCGUUAUGAACAGAGACUUUUGUUAGAAAGGGAAAUGUGAUAUAUUGCGCAUGCGCUUUGGGGGUUCAAGGAACAUGUGCGAGAGCGAUAAAGCAAAGGUUGUUAUUCAGUUUUCUAAGGACAUUAAAAGUUGAGUUUGAGUUGUAUAACAGUGCAUUCCUGAGGAUAUAAGAGUUUUCACUAUAAACCGUACAGUAUUACAUGCAGUUAACCAGCAGUUUAGUUGACCAGACUUAUCUGCAUUAACCUGCCUUACCUGCGACCAUGCCCUGUAUUCUGACAGUUGACUAAACGUUGCAAAUUUGAAUUAUUGAUGCAUGAUAUCACCAAUAAAUUUAGAUUAUCUUGCCAUUUUGGAAUUAGCCCGCGCCUGCACGCGGGCUAUUUUGGAAUCAGUUCUAAUAACUGAAGAUUGAAUUACACUGUUGAAGCCAUGACUUUAGAACACGUAUUUGUAAUGAAAUCACUCUUUAUUUUCACGUUUAUUACAAAUGUAGUUUUGUACAGUAAGUUACUUUCACGAGGACGUUCAACUAACAACACAACAAUCCCAUCAUGCAUUUGUCUCUCAGUAUUACGUCAUACUAAUAUUUGGAUAACAUACAGUUUUAUAUUGAACUCAACACCCUCACUUGUUAUCAGAAUAUAAACUAAUUACCACAACCGAACACGAUACUUUUAAAAUUAUCUAGUUUACAUUUUGUGGGUGGCUUUGUUAGGAUAUCAGCUACCAUAUCUUGGGUAGGACAAUAUACAAUAUCGAUCAUGCCUUUAACAUACAUUUCACGUACAAAGUGGUACUUUAUGUCAAUAUGCUUAGAACGUUGUCUGUUAACUGGGUUCUUACUUAGUGCAAUUGCCCCUUGGUUAUCAACACUUACCUUCAUACUCUGAUGUACUUUCUUAUACAUACCGUUUAACAAUUGAGUUAGAUACAAACACUCUUGAGCUGUAUUUGCUAAAGCUACAUAUUCAGCUUCGCAAGUGGAAAUGGCAACCGUUGGUUGCUUUCUCGACUUCCAUGAAAUCAGUGGUCCUCCUUCAGUUAGAGUACAACAGUAACCUGUAGUACUUCGCCUGUCUUCCAGGCAAGAGGCCCAAUCUGAAUCACUAUAAGCAGUGAGCUGCAAGUCAGCAUCAGAUUUCUUAAAGCAGAGUUCAUAAUCCACGGUACCCUUUAGAUACCUUAGGACAUGUUUGGCAGCAAUUAAAUCUCCCGUUCUGGGGUUUGACAGAGUUUGAGACAGUCUGCUUACAAUCCAACUUAAAUCAGGCCUUGUACAGGUCAUGGCAUAAAUUAGGCUUCCUAUCAUUUCUCUAUACUGUCUGGCGUUGGUCAAUUCACCACAGUUAAAUUCUAAUCGUUGCUCACAUGGGGUUAACCUGGGCUUGCAGUCUAUCAUUCCAAAUCUCUCUAGUAUUUUAAGAAUGAAUCUUUUCUGAUUAAUUUUUAUUUCACCCUUGCUUUGCUUAAAAUCCAUUCCAAGGAAGAAAGUGAUUCUACCUAGAUCUUUCAUCUUAAAUUGUGUCUUCAUACUUUCUUUAAAUUCUUCCAUUAACUGCAUACUAUCUGAAGCUAUGAUUAGGUCAUCAACCCAAACAAUGACGAUAACAAUUUUAUCAUCAACUUGUUUCUUAUAUACACAGUGAUCAGCAUGGUUUCUGACAAAACCGUCAUUUGCUAAAUGCUCGUGUAACAAUAUGUUUCAAUUUCUACCUGAUUGUUUUAGACCAUAUAGCGAUUUCUUUAGCCUAUAUACUAACCUCUCACCACUCUCUGAAACCUCUUCAAACCCUUGUGGCUGGUCUAUGUAUAACUCUUGAGUAAUGGGGGCAUGCAGAUAUGCAGUUUUAACGUCCAUCUGGUGGACAAUAAGAUCAUGUUUUACUGCUAACUGCAUUAAGACCCUAAUUGAAGUAAUACUGGCUGUCGGGGCGAAAGUUUCUUGAUAAUCUAUACCCUUUACCUGGCUGUAACCCUUCGCUACAUAUCUGGCCUUAAAGGACUCUAUGCCAUUCUGAUCUUGUUUGGUUGUGUACACCCAUUUCCCCCCUACUGAAGCUUUACCUUCUGGUAAAGUUGAUAAUUCGUAAGUAUCAUUUUCCUUCAGAGAGCUGAUCUCUUCCUUCAUUGCUUGCUCCCACGCCCUAGCUUGAGGUGAUCCCAUGGCUUCUGUGUAAUUUUGUGGUAAUCCACAAACUUUGUAGCAGUAAUCUACACUAAUGUGGGCACAAUCGGCAUUCUUAGGGAGGAGGGUGUCCUCUUCUAAGUAUCUGGGAGGGGUCCUUUCUCUUUGAGGAUACCGUUUUGUCUCACUGUCAUUCUCAGUAUGGUUGCAAUGCCUUCCCUCACUAUCCCUAGGCUCCUCAUCAGGCACUGUAUUUGGCGGCAUUGCACUUAAAACAGGGAGGCUCAUACUAUCUAAGUCUGAUCUAGUAUCAUGGUCAGAUUUCUCAUGUACAUCACAAUCCCUGCUGGACUCAUCAGUUUGUGUGUGCUGUUCUACACUACAUUUCUUGAUGAAUCUAAUGAGUCGAUGUUUCAUGAUUUUCCCAUUUUUGGGGUAGUACACUAGGUAAGAAGGGCUAUUUUUGUCGUAUCCCACAAAUACCCCCUUGCUGCAUCUUGAGUCUAAUUUCUUAUGCUCCUGUUCGUAAGCAAAACAUUCAGAUCCAAAGAACCACAUUUUAGAAAGAUCAGGUACUUUCCCAGUAAGGCUAAAGUAGGGUGUUGUCUUUGUUCUCUUAUUAAAACAUCUAUUCCUAAUGUGAGCUGCGGUUUGAAUUGCAUAGGGCCAGAGAGUUUUGGGUAACCCUGAUUGAAGAAGACAUCUGCCCAUUUCGAACAAUGUGCGCCAGUGCCUUUCGGCGGUGCCAUUCUGGUGUGGCGAGUAGGGAGCAGAAGUUUCAUGUUUUAUGCCACGCUCCCUUAGUAAUGUUUGAAACGCCUUACCUGUAAAUUCUGAGCCAUUGUCAGAACGGAUGCAACUUACCUUGCCAUAAGGAGUGAUGUCUGCUAGAAAUUUCUCUGUUGCUACAAAGGUGUCACUUUUACAUUUCAGAAAGUAAACAAAUACUGCUCCUGAGAAAUCAUCAGUAAAAGCUAUGCAGUACUUAAACCCCUCUCUUGACACAGGAGAAACUGGACCUGCCAAAUCCACAU